AACAAUUCAAAUUAAAUUCAAAAUCAAAUGUAUCCUCGCAGGCUCUUCCAAAUUAUUCAAAGCUGGAGAACGUCUUUUAAUAAGUCAGGAUGUGUGAAGUUCUUAUUGCCCAGAUUCAAUGCUUCGGUUCACCAAAAAAAAGUAGACUCGCUAAGCUGCAUUGAGCGAAUUUGGUUCGAGCCUAUGCCUAAAGAAUCCCCAUGGGUCAAACCUAUGCGAUUGAACUACAUUGAAAAUCAAAAGGAAAAAUACACGGAUCUCAUUAAGACCUUAGAUGGAGUCAUUGUGAUAAUAUUUAACAUAACCCGUAAGAAGUUCAUUUUUGUGCGCCAGUUCAGGGGUGCCGUCUAUCAAGGAAUUUAUUCGACCGGCAAGCAAACCGUGCCGGAAGGAGACGCGGAUCUGGAAAAGUUCCCCCCCGAAAUAGGAAUCACGUUGGAACUCUGUGGCGGGGCUGUGGAUAAGGACAAGAGCCUGGAGGAAAUCGCCAGAGAGGAAGUCCUAGAGGAGUGUGGCUACGAGGUGAACGCGGAUUCCAUGCAGCAUAUUUUCAACUAUAGAUCGGGCAUUGGGACAUCUAGCGGAGGACUGUCCAUGUUUUACUGCGAGGUGUGCGAUGAACAAAAGGUUUCUGAGGGUGGCGGAGUAGACCACGAAGUCAUUCAGGUGGUAGAAAUGUCAUUAAAGGAGGCAUCAAAAAUGGUCCAAACAGGAGCCGUGACCAAUGGUGGACCCACAUUUUUAGUUGGGCUCUUGUGGUUCUUCCUCUACAAAGCUCCGGCAUAUAAUUAUAAAUAAUUUUGUAAACCUUUUUAAAAUUUUAGUUUGUCUAUGAAAUUAUUGAU